AUGCUCCGCGCUGCUCAAUCCCUCCAAAUACCCGUCUACAUAACCACCCAAAACCGCGCAAAACUAGGACUCACCGUCCCCGAGCUCCAGCCCCAUCUGAGCGGCCCGCACAUCCGCGCCGAUGUCGACAAAACCCUCUUCUCAAUGAUAACCCCCGAGAUCGAGUCCAAGCUCCCCUCCAACCUUGACGUGAUCAUUGUGGGUAUUGAGACUCAUAUCUGCGUUACGCAGACAACGCUGGAUCUCUUGGCGAGAGGACACAGAGUUUAUAUCCUUGUUGAUGGGGUUAGUAGUAUGAAUCCCGAGGAGAGGGGAAUUGCGCUUGCGAGGCUCAGGGAUGCGGGGGCUGUUGUGACGAGUAGUGAAAGUGUGCUUUUCGAGAUUUUGGGAGAUGCGGGACACGAGUCAUUUAGGGAUGUUAGUGGGUUGGUGAAGGAGACGAAGGAGGAGACUAAGAGUGCUCUUGGGGUUUUUUCGAAGAUAUAG